AGAUAUCACUCAGAAAUGGUGUUCCCGCCGAAAGGAGGAACACACUGAGGGGGGGCACAUCCUACCAAUGCUCGGCCAAUAGGUACGGUCGGGGCAAUCAACAUGUGUUAAACUGAAUGACCCGGCAGUCAUGGUGCUGCUCCGUCUGGAGGGAGAACUUGAGGAAGCUCUUUGAGGUUGAUGUUGGAGCUGGGAGUGAAGGAGAAUACCUACAUGGCUAUGGAGGAGAUGAAGGGACAGGACUCGGUUAAUAAGGUCAAUAACAGUUUUGCAAAAUGGAAGCUAGCGGCGCCGGGGAGUGUGGACCAGAUCAUGCUUUCACACGAGUUAAUGAAGAGUUGCGACAGCGUUGAUUGGCAGGUGGAUGAGCUCGACCGAGCGAUCAGCGUGGCGGAGCGAGACUUGGCGCGCUUCGGCCUAGAUCUGGCGGAGAUCGACCGGCGGAGGAAAUGGACUUCCGCGACCAAACAGCAGAUUGCAUUGAUUCGGCGCGCAGCGGCCGAGGUCGCGACCCCCAGUCGGGAUCUCGUGAAAGAGAGGAGGGAGUUGAUGCGGUUACCCAACGGCCCGGGCGCGGGAGGGCCGGGCGGAAUCUCGACGUCUAUGGCAGUCGAUUCGUCGCGGUACGGGGGAGGAAGUGGAGGAGCGGGGGGAGGAGGAGGCGGAGGCGGCGGUCGGGGGGGAAGCAGCAGUGCUAGUAACCCCAUUUCAAGGGAGAACGAUGAUUUUGUCAGCGGCCAGAUGAGCAGGCAGGCAAUGAUUUUAAAGGAACAGGACGAUCAGCUUGAUGACCUCCACGAGAGCGUCCUUAAGGUCGGCGAAGUCGGAUUGACGAUCGGUAGGGCGCUGGCGGAGCAAGAGUCGUUGUUGAGCGAGUUGGAGAUGGACCUCGACAGCACUCGAGGCAAGCUUGAUCUGGUCCAGAGAAAGGUCGUGAACAUUCUUAAGAAAGCAGGAGUCCGAGGCCAAAUCAUGCUGCUCUGUUUUCUUAUUGUCCUCCUCAUUGUACUUAUCGUCCUCGUCUUUUACACUUGAGUGAGGUGUGUUAUUGUUAUCACCCACCCUGCCCCUGCCCCUGCCCCUGCCUGAACGAGGGCGCCCCGCUGCGCUGCCGCGUCUGAUCCCUAUCCCGGCAUUCCUUUGCUGGUGGCGUUGCCAGCGAGUCGGGGGCUUGAUUGAAGUCGCUCGCCAUUGAACUCAGCCGAAUUUAGGAAUGUCACAAGCUGACGCGGGCGGUCGCGCAAGGCGCCGCGCCAUAUCUUCAAAAAGCUGGCGAUGUGAGGGAGGGGGAGAGAAGUAGGACUUGUGGUGGGCGAUGGUCUUCUUUACUCCUUUUUUUUCUGCGUCGGAGGCUCUACACGAUCGAAUCUGCACGAUGGGAAGGAGCAGACUGAGGACACCUCCACAAUUGUCUACGAGGGGGGUAUUGGGUGGGUGUGUGGUGCUUCGUGGUGUGCAAGGGUAUAAAGGGGGAGAGUUGGGAGGUAGAGAUUUGAGAACAUCUGCAGAGAAAGCUGUGAAGUGGAUGACGUCGAAUGGGGAAAGUGAUUUUUCGUUGACCUAAUUACUAUAGUGUGGAGUUGUUAGUGUGUGCCUGUUUCUCACUCUCCUCUUCGCGUUGGAGUGAAUGGACUGUGCAUGGUGCAGAGCUUGCACGGGCCGCUCGGAAACACCGGUGGGAAUUCGCUUGCGCUGCGUCGCUCAGCUACACGUCAUCGUUAAUACUAUGAGCUGGAAUGAUUCGAGACUGACAACAUGAAUGGAUGAUGAUGAUGACCGGGAAGGUGCAAAGUGAGACGAUAGCGAUGACGUGGAAGCAGUAGCAGUUCAGUGUGAACGUGAGGAAGACGAAGGAGAGAAAGAGAGAGAAAGAUGUGGUGGAAAAGGGACAGCGAUGACGUGGAAGCAGCAGGCCAAUAUGAACGCGAGGAGAGGAAGAGGAGGUGGAAAAGGUGUCAAGUACAUAUUUCCAGUGGGCCCCUCUGGACACAAUCUGGUCGUGGUUUCGGGUAGAUACGUGCAAUCCAACGAGAAGCACGUAUCUACUCGAAACCACGACCAGAUUCUGUUGAGGUGGAAAAGGUGGUAACUCUAUACUUUUUACUGGGGCCCUCUGGACAGAAUCUGGUCGCGGUUUCGGGCAGAUACGGAAAUCCGACAAAGAUACGUGAGAUUGUCGUCGAUUGCGACCCCCCCCCCCUCCCGACCCGAAAGAGGAGGACGGGUUUUAUAGGAGUGUUAGUGAAUGGGGCGGCAAGUGGAUGCGCUGAAGGAGGAAGAGGAAGAGGAAGAGGAAGAGGGAGAGGAAGAGGAAGAGUAUCACGUGGAUGAAGCGCCAAUGGCAAUGACCGUGCAGAGAUGGAGGCUGCAAAGCGACACGUGGAAGGAAGGCGACAGUGAGCGUGUGAUGAAAUAAAGGUUGGCCGACGUUGGUUGGGUUCUGAUCUGAUCUAACUACACGGCCAUUAUGUCUGUAUUCAGGCUAACUUUCAGUCUAGAUACUGAUCGAUAAUGACCGUGCGGAGAAACAAAAGGUAGGUUGCGUG